AAAUUAAUAAAUGAUCAACGAAAUCUUCAAAUAUUCAAAAGGUCAAGGUUUAAAUGUUAAGACGUUUUGUACGUUAAAAUCAUUUGAGAUUUCAAAGAUAAUUAGUUAGAAAUCGCUUUCAAAAGUAAAAUAUUGUCGAUUAUUAUAACGUACUAUGAAUUUUAAGUUAGUUUUUCAGCGUUUGAUUUAUAGUGAUGGAAUGAAUCCACUAAAGCAUGCUAUUAUUUUUGCUUUAACAUUCCUAUUCUUUAUUGAUGCCAUGACAAUGACAACUGUUUUUUCUUACUUGCCUAAACUUGUCAAGUCAUUUGGAGCAUCAGAAGUUCAAGCAGGUACAGAUGCUGGAUUAAUUGCUUCAUCGCUGUUUUUUUCAAGAAUAUUUAGCAGCCUUUUCUGGGGUUACUUUGCUGAUAAAUAUGGUAAAAAGAAGUUGUUGUUUAUAUCAUCUAUUUUCACUGCAAUUACUACACUUGCAUUUGCUUUCAGUCGUUCAUUUACUUGGGCUUUAGUAACAAGAUUGUUACAAGGUGCAGCAAUGGGAGUGGUGGUUAUAACAAAAAGUAUUUUGGUAGACAUUUGUGAUGACACAAAUAUAUCUUUGGCUUUUUCAAUUUUAUUUACUGGCUAUUACCUUGGACUAAUUAUUGGACCAAGUUUAUCAGCUAUGUUAGUUUUUCCUGCUGAACAAUAUCCAAAAACAUUCAGUAAAGAAUCCUUCUUUGGUAAGUAUCAAAUAGUUUUGCCUAAUUUUAUAAUUACCAUCAGCUUUGUGCUUGCAGUUGUUUGGGGGUAUUUUACAAUUCCUGAUAGUAAAAAUAUUUUUAAACCUGAAAAAAUAUGUUUAAUUAAUGAAGACAUAAUUGAACUCAACGCUACUAAAGAAAAAGAAGAUUGUUUCAUGAAUCUUUCUCUAAAUACUAAUGAGAACAAAAUGUCAGAAAAAUCUGCUCUACUUCCUGAAAGUAAAAAUGUUAAAUCUUGGCCUAACAGACUACUUUUUGUGCUCAAGAAUUCAUCUAUUGGCAGGAUUUUAAGGUCAAAGGAAAGUUUUUCAUGUGUCAUACUUUAUGGAGUGUUUGGAAUUGUUGGUACUGGAAUUGGGGAAAUUUAUCCCGUAUUUUUAGCAACAUCCUUAGAGUUUGGUGGAGCUGCAAUGAAAGUAUUCGACAUUGGCAUUAUGUUGUUAAUCUCUAGUAUUUUAGUUUUAAUUGCACAGCUUGGCACUUCAAAGUUGCAAUUUUGGUUUGGAGCUAAAAAGACAAUUAUUGGGUGCACCAUUAUUUUUGCUUGCAUGACUCCAUUAUUACCCUGUUCUAUGUUACCUCAAAAUAGUACAUUACGAUGGAUCCUUCUACUGAUUGUUCAAGUUCCUAUUAAUGCUGCAAAUAAUGUAUGCUUCAUCUGCAUUAACAUAUUUUUGGGUAACAGUGUUGAACCUGAUCUUUUGGGUACAGUUAAUGGUUUAGGAAUGUCUGUGUCUUGCAUUGGAAGGACGUUGGGACCCGCAAUCUUUGGUUAUGCUUACAGCUGGUCGCUAUUAAAUAUUGAACUACAUAAACUUGGGUUUCCAUUUAAUCAAUACUUUGUUUUUUUUCUUAUAUCCAUUGGUUGUUUGCUAAAUUGUGCGUAUAUUUACUGGCUUAUUCCAUCUACGUUAAAUAAAAGAAAAGUGCUUCCAGAUAAAAGUGAAGUCGUUAUCAGACUCAAAGAAUAUAUUCAUUAUUAACAUACUUAUUCAAAUUAUUUUCAAUUUUUUUAACUCUGUAAAGAUCAUAAAUGAUUUUAUUAUAAUAAAUAUUUUAUGUAGCAGUAAAGGUUAACAAGUAUAUAAUUGUAUUAUUUGUAAUAAUUUAUAAAGUUUGUUACAACAUUUAAUAUCUAGUUUUGUUUUGUUAAUUUUUUUAAAUUUGCCUUAGAUUCGAUUUUGUCUAAUGCUUUUUUUUAAUUUUGUUAUUUUUAUAUUUGAGAUUUCUAUUAAAGUUCCUACAA